AGGCAUGAGGCUGGCAACCCUGGCGGAACGAAGUCAUUUUCAUUUCACAAAUCGUAAAAUAGUUUUUUUGCUGCGGUUUGGUUACCGGUCUAUUAGUUCCCGUCGUCGAGACUUUUCGCAGUGAAACCAAAGUGCCCAACCAAUUCAGCCUUACUUAUCUGCAUUUUAAAUGACAGCUGUAUGACUAAUAGGCGGUACCUCCGAUGAAGACAGACACCCAGGGACUCCGUUCUGGCAGAAUGCUGUUGAGAUAACGCAAGACGAAGAUGUCGAAAAACAACCUGAAUGGUUCUAGAAGCGUCUCCUCAAACAGUUUUAACAGUUUCAUGUCAGAUGGGGAGAUUAUCGAGGCAGGGCUCGAGGACCUCAGCCUCACCAACAACAAAAACCACAACAGGCCCUCCUCUACCUCCAAAACGCAGAAAGCUAAAAGGAUCAGAUUUUACCACAAUGGCAAUAAGUUCUUUAACGGAAUUGUGAUACCAGUGGCCCCAGAGAGGUACAGGUCUUUUGAUAGCCUCACUGCAGAGUUAACAAACAUCAUGACAAAAAAUGUAACCCUUCCUAGUGGAGUAAGAAACGUAUAUUCAAUGGAUGGCAAAAAGGUGUGUAGUAUAGAUGACCUGGAAGAUGGAAAAGAAUACGUGGUGUGCGGCAAAGGAGAAAUUUUCAAGAAAAUCGAAUAUACGAAGACCGACACGCUGAAGUCAAAGAAACUGUCCAAUACGAAAUUCAACGUACAAAAUACCCCUCCAAAUAACCCUCCAAGGAUCAUCCCUCCCGAUUGCGUUCGACCCAGGAUAGUUACUAUUAUUAGGAACGGCAUCAAACCCAGAAAGUUGUACUAUUCAGAUUCUGCGACUACUGCUGAACAAGCGCAACUCGAGCAGUACAGAACAGAUCCUGGGCGCAUUUUCCGAGACAACCCAGCUGGCAGUCCGUAAGGUGUUCACAUUAUCUGGACAAGCAGUCACAGAUUUGCCUCAUUACUUCGGAUCCGAGGAUGUGUUCUUAGUGUACGGCAAUGAAAGACCGCAGCAAGUUGACUUUGAGUUGGAGUUUGAAGAAAGCAAGGCGGUGCAGCAGUAUAGGCGGACACCAGGAGUCAGGAACGGGUA